CAAGGGGGCUUCAGGCUGCUCCUGGCUCGGGCUCUGAGGGGCUGCUUGCAGGAGAGGCGAAGAGGAGCGGCUGCUUUUCCCGGGCUGGCAAGCCAAGGUCAUCCCGCCUGAGCUUGCAGCUGUCGGAGAUGAGUUGCAAGAAAGACUUGCCUGCGGCGGUGCCUCUGUCUGUGUAAGCGUUUUUCGCCAGGAAACUGGACCCACACUUCUGAAGCUGUCUGCAAGCCGUCACUUGGCGCACUCCCAUGGGGACUGUACCGGAGUCUCUGAGAUCCGCCAGGCUUUCGUUGGUCGCGGCUCCAGAGGAGAAAAAUGGCCCAAGAGAGCCGCAGUCUCCCAGAAGCCAGCGCAGGCAAGCAAGCAUGGAGACGAACAGCAAUGGCUUCCCUCUCCCUGCCAAGGCGCAAACUGCCGGAGAGCGUUUGCUUGACGUGAGCUGUGCCCCAGCGGAAGAUAAGCACGUGAGCAAGGAGCAUUGUGGGUAUGACACUAAUCAAGCUAGCCCGUUUUCCCAGGGGCCUUUGAGCCGAUCCAGCGAAGUCCAACGGGUCAUUCCGGAGCCAGCAAGUAACUCUGAGCAGAAAGGCUCCGGAGACCUGGCUGCAGCAGAAGGCUGUGUGCCACUGCAGAAAGCGGUCAAGAAGCUUUCCACUCAGGAGGCCGAUGAGAUUAUGCAGAGUGACAGCAGAGGUCAAGUCUGCAGGGCCUCUGAUAAGGUGAAUUCUACAACUGGAGAUGGUGUUGAAGACGGUGAAGCCCGUGGUUGUGCUUCUUCGUGCCUCCCCUCUGCUGCCCAGCAGGUUUCUCCAGCAGCAAAGGAAGCUGUAGGUGCGAAGGCUGGUCCCGAGAGAACUCACCUUCCAAUGCAGGAGUCUGACGCUGCCUCUGAUCCUGGGGUCAAUCCCAGCGUUUGCUUGGAUGCUGAGCUGAUGGCUAGAAAGGAUUCCGAGAUGCCGGGCAGAGAGGAUCCAAGUCCCCAUCCUAGGGCUGAGGUUAGGCCAAAAGCGGCACAUGAACCCAGUUGCGAGAGUGCAGCGCAGCCGUCCUGCAAGCCAAAGGGCGAAGAGAAGGCGGCGGCAGAGGUUUCUAAAUUCAAAGACACAGGCACAAUGACAGUGCAACUGGACAGCUGGGGUGCAGGGGGGGAGGCGGUGCGCAGGGACCGUCAAGAUGCCGAGGUCCAGGCUGUGGCCACCGUGGAGGACAAAUCCGCCUCCACCAGCCCGAGCAUCUCUGCUUCAUCCUUAAGAGAGAGCCUGCACCCCGAGACCAAACCGAAACAAGAGCAAUCGCACGUUAUUUCUACAGGAGGUGGUGGGUCGGAACGAUCUGGAAUGGCUGACGGUUUUGCGCCUCUUCUCCAAACAGCACCCUCCGUAAGCAUCAUGCUCGACGUGCACGUUCAGGCACCAGCUCCAGUAGAUGUGUUGGGAAUCCAGACUGCCAGGCUUCAAAAUGACCCAGUGGGAAUGCACAGCACCGUCUGCUCGGCUCUGGCGGACAGCAGGAAGCAUCCGUGCUCGCUGAUCUCCAGUAGCACUCCAGAAACGCCAGUCGACAGGGUAGAAGCACAAAAGGCAGGUGCGUCUAGAAAUCGCAGUGAUUCUCAGCAACUGUCCGAUGCUUCGGUCUUGUCAAAGACCAGACCUGUUUACCAGAUUACUGUCAACAGCAGCAAUCAGCCCCCAGCUCCUCCGCAGCCUGUGAAUGUCGAAACCAAUCUACCUCCCUCUGCCGUUCUCUCUCAUCUGGAUAGCAAACAUCCGGCUCCUGGGCCUCACGUUGCAGAAAUCAACCAGGAUUCUCCAUCGUGCCACCAACUAUCUGAACAGGCGGUAUGCACCAUUGUUAGCACUCAUGGUAGCAAAAGAGGGUCGCAGUCGCAAAGCCAGACGGGUAGCGGUCUUGAAACUGGCCCAGAUAGUUCCCACGUGGACGUCAAACCAAAGAGGGAGGAAAAGUUCAUCCCUCUUCAUCCAAGCGAGCAGGAGAUGGGUAAAAUGGGAGCUGCUGCUGGGCCCCAGACAGAAUGUAGCCCUAGUGUAGGGAAGAGUGAGCAGCAUAAGUUUCCAGAGCAUAACAAAGAGGUGAAACUGUCUGGCAGUCAGAGAUUGGCAACUGGUCUGGAGUCUGAAUCACGUAGAAGUCCCAGUCCGGCUCGAGGACCCCAAGUUGCCAGAGGCAGCGAAAUCAGAAAGGAAACCAAGCUUGGUAAAAUGGCAUCACCUGCUCUACACAAACUGCAUUUUACUGGCAAUAAGAAGGAGCCCCGGCCAACCGCUGAAGCCAAAGUGCAGGUGAAACAGUCCAAGCGUGUCAGGGAUGUCGUAUGGGAUGAACAAGGCAUGACCUGGGAAGUUUACGGGGCUUCGCUCGACCCAGAAUCCUUGGGGAUCGCUAUCCAGAACCACUUGACGAGGCAGAUCCGAGAACAUGAGAAACUGUUGAAGUCCCAAAGCGCCCCGAACCGGAAAUCCAUUUCUUCGGAUACGUCGUCCAAUAAAAAACUGAAGAGAAGGCAACACAAUGUUUUCCACUCCGUGCUGCAGAAUUUCCGGCGCCCUAAUUGCUGUGUCCGCCCCACUGCUUCUUCUGUGUUGGACUGAAAGAUUGGGGAACGUGGGUGGGGAGGUAACAGUCAUCCAUUUGUAUCCGUUUUUGUACGUGUGUACACAGAGAUCCGUGGCAAAUGAGCCCCCCAAGUUCAGCUUUGUUUUGUGAGACUCUGAUACCGGUGGGGGUGGUAGCAAUUUCUCAUUAUAUCCCCUGCAGCCCUUGCCUCUUUUCUGCCCUUAUUCUGCAAUCGGCACACACAGUUUUUGUGUUAACGUACAAGUCCUUGGCCGCAGUCUGUUGCCAAACGAAGAGACAAGCACGUUAACGAAGCACAAGUGAAAACUGCCCAUUUACUGCCGCGACCCGGGUUGCUUUGGAGAUGGAAGCAGAAAGAGGCAAGGUGGUGGUUGAUGUCCUAAUAAAUCCUAUACAGUGAGCAGCAGUGGCGUAGUGGUUAAGAGCAGGUGUACUCUAAUCGGGAGGAACCGGGUUUGAUUCCCCGCUCUGC